AAAAACUGAAGCAGGAACACCUCAAAAGGCUUGGCGCCAUGGAGGAAAGUUCCGCAGCUGCCAAAGCCUACCGCUUUCCCCGCACGCGAAAAAUGAAGCUGGAUGAGAAUUGGCUCUACUUCGGCGGAGGGUUGUUUAGAUUUUCUCAGGCUUGCUGGUACAUGGCGCGAACCCGGGGGGCUCAGUACAAUCCAAACAACAUCGAUCGGCAGGUCUUUCUGUAUGUCAAGUGGCAAUUUCCUGCCUACUGGUCCUUGUUGGGCUCACUCCUUUGUGUGGGGAUGUACUACGUGGGGUCGCCCUUUACGCUGAACGAGAAGACUGGUGCCCUGCUGGCGCCGUACUGCGAACGUUUUCCGCAGCUGCUGCCGGUGGUGGAGAAAUUGCGGCCGAAGAAGGAGCCGUCGGAAGCGAAGAAGGAGGAGGUCCCGGUGGAGUUUCGUUGAGCGAGGAAAGAACAAAAA